ACAAGAAUAUUCAUCGAACAUAGAAUAUUCUUUGCACAUUUUAGCCCCUCGCAAAAUGGAGGAAGAUCUUGGAGGGGCAUAUUCCGCGCCCGGGGCGCUGGGCAAUGGCGAGGGGAGCUCGUGCCUGGCGCCAGGAUCCACGCACGGCGUCGUCAUCAGCUACCAAUUAUAUGGAAUUGGCGCCACAAAGCUACUGCUCAUACCAGGACUUGCUUGUGGCCAUGGUUUCUGGGGGCCUUAUGUUCGUGAGCUAACCAGUAGUGCUUCUAACAGUGGUACGCCGAGUGAAGUGGAAGAAGAAAGCAAUAAGUUUUGUAGUAGCUUUGAAAACGAUGGCGGAGUUCAGAUCUGUACUUUUGACAACAGGGGAGUGGGAAACAGCUCAAUUCCCACACAAAAGUCCGAGUAUUCGACGACAAUCAUGGCUAUGGAUGCACUUUCUUUGCUUGAUUUCCUCGGCUGGAAACAGGCUCACAUCUGUGGUCACUCCAUGGGUGCAAUGAUCGGAUUCAAACUGGCAGCAAUGGCCCCCCAACGAGUUCUCUCUUUGACGCUUAUAAGUAUCACCGGUGGCGGAUUCCAGUGCUUUCCAAAGAUGGAAUGGCGGUCACUCUCGAUUGCGUACAGAUUUCUCACAGCUAAAACUCUCGAGCAGAGAAUUCUUGUGGAUCUAGACACGCAUUACACGCGCGACUACUUGAAUGAAAUUACCGGGGGAGUACAAAGAAAGAACAUCCUUUACAAGGAGUACCUGAAAAACAUGGAGACUGGUGGAAUGCAACCGAAGGCUGGCUUAAAUGGUCACAUUCAUGCCUGCUGGUCUCACGAAGCCAAAGACUCCGACAUACAGCAAAUACGCGCGGCUGGAUUUCCUGUGGCAGUCAUCCAUGGCAUAGAUGACGUUAUUGCACAGAUUCGCUAUGGAAAACGCUUGGCGCAACGAUUGGGGAGCUCAGCACGGUUUUGGGUGCUUUCUGGUGGCCACCUUGUAACUCACCAGAACACAAAAGAGGUUGCUAAGAUUUUGGCUGAGGUAAUUCACACUACCUCUUUACAAUCAAGUGACUGGAGCAGGAGCAACACAAAGACUGGUAAAGUUCGUUCUUGCAUUUGUCUGCCGACUCUCAAAACUUCACUCUUUAACGAAGAGAGCGAGGAAGGAAGAAAAAGCCAAAGCUUUUGGAAGAGAGUACAAAGGCUUCUCUGUGGUUGCUUCUGCGUUGUAGCAGUUACUUCAUGGCUUCUCGUCACCUUUGCGCUGUGAUUAUGUAAGAAAAAUAAGACAUUCUCCAUAAACAGUGUUACAACAUAACUGAUCAAUGAGGGCUGUUAAAUAAUAAAUGGCUAUUAUUAUAAUUGUU